UCCAUGGAUACAGGAAUAAACAGAUGAUAACAAGCCCUCACCCUUUAAAGUCCAUUUCAGAAGGGAGAAACAGGAGAGACAGAAAAAGAGAGAGAGAGACAGAGCAGGACAGGAUAGAAGUUGUGCAGACCCGGGAGCGUGUGUGCGUGUGUGUGGAUUGCCUGCAGCUGGAAGUCAGUAGCACAGAAUACCCAAUAUGGCAGAAAGCACAGAAAUGGACCAGCUUCUGACCUCCUUUAAGAAGUUUGCUGUUCAUGGUGACACCAAAGCCACUGGAAAGGAGAUGAACGGCAAAAACUGGGCUAAACUGUGCAAAGACUGCAAAGUUAUUGACAGCAAGAAUGUCACCGGCACUGAUGUAGAUAUUGUCUUCACAAAAGUCAAAGCAAAAACAUCUCGGGUCAUAACAUAUGAGGAGUUCCAGAAAGCUCUAGAAGAAUUGGCCCCAAAGAGGUUCAAAAAUCAAAGCAAAGAAGAGGCACUGCAGUCCAUAUAUAAGCUAAUCGAGGGCAAAGAACCUGCCAACGUCGGUGUAACGAAAGUGGCAAAAACUGGCACCGUGGAUCGGUUAACCGACACAUCUAAAUAUACGGGCUCACACAAGGAGCGCUUUGAUGAGAGUGGGAAAGGCAAAGGAAAAGGUGGACGGGAGGAGAUUGUGGAGCACACUGGCUAUGUAGGGGCCUACAAGAACGCUGGGACUUACGAGGAGAAGACGAAGGCCAAGUAAGGCCACACUGUCUCCAUGUCAACAAGCUCUGAGCUUCAUCUUUAUUAGCACUUAGGUCUGGACCAAACCCAAACUUGAACUUUGACCUGUAAAAUCAAACAGCCACUAUGCAAUGUAACACAGGAACUGUUGUAAAUGUUUGUCUUUAAACAUAAUACAGUGGGUUUCCAUUAGAAGGUUGAAAGAAUAGUAAGAAGGAACUGGUGAGGACUGGUCUAACUCCUUUUAUGCAGAUCAGCAUCUGCUGUACAGUAUGUAGGAUUUCAGGUGAAAAUCUCAAAGAGCAAGCAUGAAGACAGCUCUUCAAGUGGGGAAACAGAUAAGUGGUGUAUUUGAUGUUUUUGUUUAAUAGUUACGAGAAAGGUGCAUCCAAACGUUGCAAUGCUUCAGACUGAGAAGCGAAACACAGUAAGCCCUUUAAGAGAUUUAUUUCUUCUAACAUGUGUAUUGAUGGACCUGCGUAAUUGCUUUCGUUAAGUUCUAACAAUAUUCAUUGCUGAAACUUGUCAAAAAAUGUCAUUCUUCAAAGGAUAAUGGUAAACCAGCUUUAUUUGUGUAUUAGCUACCCUUCUCUUAUUAUUUCCAAAAAUGCAUUGUCAUAUCUUUGUUUUAGUUAGUUUACUGUGUUACUGAAACUGGAAACUGCCUUUCUAUAAACCGUUACUAAAUGAC